AUGGGAAGCUUUUUCAGCAUAUUCAGAAGCAACAAAACUAAAGACAGACAACCGGUGGCACUGAGUUGGGACCGUGAAUCACAAUGUAUAACAAGACCGCACACUAAUGAGGCAAAGACAGGACGACACACUGGCACCACAGUGAACCUUGUUCUUUUGGGAAUGGCAGGGACUGGAAAGAGUGCCAGUGGGAACACCAUCCUUGGACAGAAACUCUUUGUUUCUAGACCCAGUUCAACGCCGGUCACCACAAAUUGCCAGAAUGUACAAACUGAGAUCAAUGGUGUAGACGUAAAUGUGAUUGAUACCCCAGAUAUCUUUGAUGAUGACAUUGCACCAUCAGUUAGGGGCAAACAUGUGAAAAGGUGCAAACAACUCAUUGAGUCAGGACCAUGUGUGUUUGUACUUGUGAUGCAUGUCAGCAGAUUUACAGAUGGUGAAAGAGACAUAAUGGAAAAAUUAGAAAAAGCUUUUGGGAGGGAAGUUAGAGGACGAACAAUCAUCCUGUUCACCCGAGGAAACGACUUGCAGCAGGCAGGAAUGGGCUUGGAGGAUUUUCUUCAUUCUUGUCAACCUGAUCUGAAGAAAAUGGUUGAAAAGUGUGGAAACAGGUGUGUUCUCUUUGAGAACAACAAAUCAGGUUCUGAUCAGGUUGAAAAACUAAUGAAGGUGGUAAACACAAUACUCAAAGACCAGAAUAAUUUAUAAGUUGAAGUGCUUGGAAAAGUUUUUUUUUUUACUUAUAGAGCAUUGAGUGAAUCAUUAUCUUGAAGAGGUACAUUGGGGGGGGUUCUGCCCCCUGGCAGGGCC